AUCGUCGAUCAGUAACGUAAUUUGUGUAUGUUUUGUAGCUAUGUGUAGCGGAGUGACGAUGGUUGAGAGAUGAGGUUGUGAAUUUGUUGGUAGAAAAGUCUGAAAACUAGCUCUAUUCUCGGAGAUCACUGCUAAUUCUUCCAGACUCGCUGUCAAGUUUUAACAUGUCCAGUGAGUACAAUUUAAUGAACAUAUUGGAGGACCAAUGCCCUACCUGUUACCGAACCUUCAACCCGGACGUGCUUAAAAAGCAUCUGCCAAUAUGCAACAAGGUCAACACCAAGGUCCGCAAACCCAUGGAUAUUCAGAAAAUGAGGGUAGCGGGCACUGACAUUAAACUUCCUGCUAAAAGUGAGCGUGUGGUGGAAGAGAAACCCAAGAAGUCAGGGCUGGAAAGAAAAGCACGAGGAAUUUGUCCGAAAUAUCCAAUACGCGGAGAAGCUAAAGCAGCAGAAGCCCGGGGAGAAACAAUUGCACCGCCUCCCCCUUCCACAAAACCAUCCGACCACGUGGAAUGCCCUACCUGUGGCAGAUCGUUUAAUCCAAAUGCGGCCGAGCGCCACGUGAAAUUCUGUGCGGAGCAAGCAAAGAGAAAGCCUGCAAUGACGACGAAAGCAGCUGCAGCCAAGGAAAAACUGGACAAAAUGAAAGGAUUUAAAUCUACAUUCGACAAACGGAAACAGCAGCAGCAACAACAAGCUCCUGCGAGAAACGCAGGAGGAGUGCGCGGUGCACCACAAUCUCGCACGUUGCGUGAGACUGAGAACAAGUCCGCUCCAACUCCUCUGAGAACUGGGAUUCCCAGCAGAUACGCUGAUAAGCAGGUUGAGGACGACUGGAGCACUCCAAUUCAUACUUAUCACGCUAAACAGAGCACACCAGAAGAACAUAUCGUUCGGCCGGAGAAGAAGUUACUGAAUAACCUGAACGCCAGACUCAACGGCGGACCACCGUCCAGAAAGGUAUCCAGCGCACGUGGUCCUCCAGCUGAACCUGCACCUGCACGUGCAGGGAGCGGGCGCGGCGUCUUCCGCGGAGACCCCGGCAGUAAGAACCCUCCCUACUGUUACGAUUGCGGGUACAAAUACCCGGUUAAGACUGCUCGGUUUUGUUGUGAAUGUGGAGAGCCGCGGCUUCGGAAUGACGGUUGAAGCCUUUCGAACUUUCUAGAUCUUUCUAGAGUCGUUAUCGAUGUGAAAUUGAAAGGACUGACAGUGACAAUCUGUAAAUCAAAUCAUUAACCAUGAACACAGAAGUUAAACCAAUGCAAAUAUUUAUCAUAAUCAUAUGUAAAUUCCAUGUAUAUUUAAAUUAUAGGGUUGUCAUUUUAGGGUUGAUUUGUAAACUUUUGAAUAUGUCUCAUAUUUGUUUUUUUGUUAAAACUGACAUUAUCUGGCGAGAAUAAGUGAUUUAAGUUUUGACAUAAUAGGCUUAUAACGGUUUAAGAAACAGUCUUGUUGAAGCAAUAAAUAUUUUAGUUCUUUGCUUAUCAUCGCUUUUGUAAAACUGUCUUGCUAUAUCUGUUAUCUGUGAUCAGUGUCGUAACAUUAA